GUCCCCUCCAGGUUCUAUUUCGGUUCUGGUCACGCCUCAAGCCUAGGACCUCCUACAAUCCGCCCAGGAGUUGGACUAGCCACAGACUGGGCACGGACCUAGUCUCCCUAAGAAUCCUAGUACUAGAAUUAGUACUUUCGCAUUAACCCCAAGAACCUGGCCACGCCCCCAAAUAGUCGCAUGCGGUUCAGACUCCGGUUUAAGACUGGCCACAGGACAUGACCACGCCUCCCCACAGAUUCUGGCUCUGGGAGUGGCCAUAUCCCCUCUAUGCCCCGCCCCAUCUUGAGGUCUCGCUCCUAUCAAGUGGAGCCUCUCGUCUGUGCGCCUGGAUAGGCUUAAUACCUGUGAUGCUCCCGCCCUUAGGCCCCACCUCUGGGAGUCAAAUCUUUCCCGGUCCAGGUCCUUCUGAACUGGAAUUAGCAACAUUUCACUGGUCCUGGUCGGCCUCAGUUUCCCUUUUCAGAAAUCGGCCAGGGGUGCACGUGCACUUCCUUUACCGCCAGACCAGGCUGCAGCACUUGCGCGCUGCCGCGUGUCUACAUCCGCGGCGCUCAAUAAAGUUGCUCGCACGUUGCCUGCCAGCCCGCACCAGAGGAUGCGCGCGCCGCCCGGGAAGUCUCGCGAGAGCAAGCGGCGUUCGCCCUUGGGCUCUAGGAGCAGGCAGCUGGUACAGUUCGGGACGAGGGGUUCGCGGUCAUGGCCAAGACGCUUCUUCACAAGUACUCGGAUAUCCCCGAAGGCACCGAGUGCCACCGCAAGGCCUAUGCCAGCACCAGUAUCGGUGGUGCCACUGGCCUGAUUGUCUCUGCCUACAGUAUUGCGCUCAAGCCCCCAGCCUCCUUCCUAGAGGGAGUGGCAAGGACAGGACGGUACACAUUUACCACAGCUGCCAUCGGCGCCAUAUUCGGCCUCACAUCCUGCAUCAGCGCCCAGGUCCGAGAGAAGCCUGACGACCCUCUGAACUACUUCAUUGGAGGCUGUGCCGGAGGCUUGACCCUGGGAGCACGCACCCGCAGCUAUGGGAUCGGAGCCGCCGCCUGCGCGUACAUGGGCUUGACAGCUGCCCUGGUCAAGAUGGGCCAGCUGGAGGGCUGGCAGGUGUUCGCAGAGCCCAAGGUGUGAGCCCCGCCGCCUCCCGGGACCUCGGGCAGGUGCAAGUUCAUUGCAAAAUAAAUUCUGUGUGUA